AGAAGAGCCAACAAGCAAACUUGAGAAAGUACGGAUCUACGGAGUAGUGCUAUUCUUCUUUCCCUUGACUUGCGGGGCAAUGCGCUAAUUUCGUCGAGUGUAUGUUGCCUUCGCUUUUCGUGGCUUUGAUUGCUGGCUUCUUGCGACCCUGUCGCGUGUUUAUCGUUCAUUCCAUCCCCGUGGCUAGUCGCACUGACGAACGCAGCCGUCUUCACAGUCUUUGUCUAUUGUUAUAAGUCCUUGCAGCGUCGUUUAUAGCCUGGGCUCGAAAUAAUUGUUUAUCCUUGAGAAGCAUAGUCCACACUCUUCCGAAGUCGAUCCACUGCGCCCCCCUCGAACGACCGUGCGCUCGACGCCUUCAACCCUCUCGGUCUGCCUUAAUUACAUAGAGCCAACUUUACAUUGCAGACCCUCAAGCUACGAGGUUCAGCUUUCAUCUGAUAUCAUUCCAUAAUAUACAGUAAUCAACGACUCUAACACCACCAUCAUGGCUACUCCAGCCGCUUUACCGCCAUUGCCGUUCAACCCGUCAAGGGUACGAUCUUAUGUUCUUCGUCUACCGCUCUUCACUCGGCUUGUGCUCUUAGCCAUCAUUUUGUUCUGGUUGUUCGAAUUACAAACGGUGUGGAGCGUUGUGCAAUGGGGCUCCCUGAUACCGGAGGAGAUCGGGAUUGGCACCAUGUACCGACUCAACACAUACCCCUUCAUUCAUGUCGGGUUCUUCCACGCCUUCCUCAAUCUCCUGGCGGUCACUCCAUUGUUGGAAAGAUUUGAGGCUGAACAUGGCACAUUGACUGCCGUGGCUUUGUUCUUUGGGCCUCUCUCUACAUUCCCGGCCGGUCUAUAUAUUCUGUUUGAGAAAUUUGCCUUGCACAGAAAUACUGCAGUGACUGGUGCCAGUGUUUGGGUGUUUCUACUCCUGGGCUCCGAAGCCAUUAGGACCUUCAAGUCCAACCCUUAUUUUAGCCUCGGGCCAUAUAAGAUCCCUACGUGGACUUCUCCCCUGUUUGCGUGUGGUCUGGUCUCAAUCCUUGUCCCCAACACAAGCCUCCUAGGUCACCUGUGCGCCAUCUUCGUGGGCUACCUGCUCGGUCUCGGGUAUUUGAAAGUGUUGGUCCCCCCUGAGUGGGGUUUGAGGUGGGUUGAAGGAAAGUUGAACCUUCUGGGGAGACUGCCACACUAUGUGUCGGUCGACCAAAAGACAUAUGGUCGGUAUGGUGUUCUCCCGACUACGAAUGCUGGUGGUGAGAGGGCAACUCCUAUGAGUUAUCUGGGCUCCUCUCAGCGUCUGGCCUCAAUCCGCAAGUUGCGGAGCAAUCCUCAUUUCCUCUUCGUGCACCUGCCGCAUAUCCUCUCCUUCAUUUGCAUUGUCGCCGGCGUCGUCUGGCUGCUCCUCCUUCCCCUCAACGACUACUCCCGGCAGACGUACAUCUCCGAAAACGCGCUCCUCCCCGGCCAGGUCCACGCAUACUUCUCCGGCAGCGAACAGCAUAUCUUCCGCGGUUACAAGAAGGAGCUCGAGGCGAUCCUGACGAGUCAGACCCCGGAGGGCCAGGAAAGCAGAAGCGAUGAGUACACGCCGGUGGUUUCCGAUAAGAUUCAGUCUAUCUUGCGGGCUGCCGGGUUGAAGGUCGCGACGCAGAAGUACGAGUACACAUCUUCCGGGAUCACACAUCAGGGGCAGAAUGUCUACGCGAUUAUCCAAGCCCCUCGGGGAGACGCUACGGAGGCCAUUGUGCUUGUUGCGGCAUGGAAGACGGUGGAUGAUGAACUAAAUCUUAAUGGCGUGAGCCUUGCGCUGACGCUGGCGGGAUAUUUCAAACGAUGGUCGUUAUGGUCAAAGGAUAUCAUCUUCUUGUUCCCUCCGGAUAGCAAAUCGGGUACUCAGGCGUGGAUUGAUGCAUACCAUGAUAUGCAGCCGGCCUUUGUGCAGCCGCUGCCGCUGAAGAGCGGCGCGUUGCAGGGAGGGCUGGUCAUUGAGUAUCCCUUUGAUCAUCGGUUCGAGUCGUUGCAUAUUCUCUACGAUGGCGUUAAUGGUCAGCUGCCUAACUUGGAUCUGUUCAACACGGCUGUGUCGAUCGCUGGUGGACAGAUGGGUAUUGGGUCCAACUUGCAGGAGAUGUGGGAUCACGAUGACAGCUAUGAGAGGCGGCUGCAAACGAUUCUGAGAGGAAUGGUCAAGCAGGGCUUCGGCUACGCGACAGGUGCGCAUAGCAGUUUCAUGCCGUACCAUAUCGAUGCCAUUACGCUGCAGCCCAAGGGUGAAGGGUGGCAGGAUGAGAUGGCGUUGGGCCGCACGAUCGAGGGUCUCUGUCGCAGCUUGAACAAUCUCCUGGAGCAUCUCCAUCAGAGCUUCUUCUUCUACCUGCUUAUGCAAACUAACCGCUUCGUCAGCAUUGGCACGUAUCUGCCUAGUGCUAUGCUGAUUGCCGUGAACUUUACCAUCAUGGCAAUCGCGCUAUGGCUGCGCACUGGAUACUAUGCUGGUUCAAAGCAAAGCAUUGUCACCCCGUCUGCAAGUGCAGACGAGAAGAAGGAAGCGUAUGUUGAGACGACCAAGUCCGAUGCGAGCACCGCGCAACCAGCCAUCAAGCCAGACACGAACAGCAUCAGAGAGCGUCAUCUUGCUCUUCCGCUCACCCUGGUGGUCAGCCUCCAUCUCCUCGGUCUCAUCCCUCUCUACAUCUUCAACAACAUCUCUCACCAGUACUACCCAUCGGCAACCUACGCCAGCAUCGUGCUCAACGCCGUCCUCCCCGUCGUCCUAGCCGCCUCGCUCACCCACGGCCUAACCACUCCGCGCGAACCGCAUCAGUACCUCCUCAUCAAGUCCUUUUCCCUACUCGUCCUCGGCCUCUUCCUCUCCACGCUCGCCACCCUCAACUUCUCCCUCUCCUUCAUGAUCGGCCUCCUCUGCACCCCACUCAGCUUCGUCAACCGCAUCGACCCACAGACCACCUCUGGCCCCGUCCGGUACGUGCUGUCCGUCCUCGGCCUCGCCUUCCUGAACGUGCUGUCCCCGCCCAUCGUCCUCCUCGGCGCGUGCUGGUACUUCGGGGUCGACGUCGAGACGGUUCUCACGCAAGCUGCCUUCGGAUGGGACGUCUGGGGCAUGUGGACGCAGGUGGUCGUCUGGUGUGUCUGGUGGCCCGCGUGGGUGAUCGGGUGUGCUCUGCUGGGAUUCUCUCUUUUCUAGACUUAUUGUGUCUGCGUGG